AUGGUCUACACACCCCUAUGUCUCAUCCAGGAUGAAUUCCACCCCUUCAUCGAGGCCCUGCUGCCCCACGUCCGCGCCUUUGCCUACACCUGGUUCAACCUGCAGGCCCGCAAGCGCAAGUACUUCAAGAAGCACGAGAAGCGUAUGUCCAAGGAGGAAGAGCGCGCCGUGAAGGACGAGCUGCUGGGGGAGAAGCCCGAGAUUAAACAGAAGUGGGCCUCGCGCCUGCUGGCCAAGCUCCGCAAGGACAUCCGGCCCGAGUUCCGCGAGGACUUUGUGCUCACCAUCACGGGGAAGAAGCCCCCCUGCUGCGUGCUGUCCAACCCCGACCAGAAGGGCAAGAUCCGUCGCAUCGACUGUCUGCGCCAGGCUGACAAGGUGUGGCGACUGGACCUUGUCAUGGUCAUCCUGUUUAAAGGCAGCCCCUUGGAGAGCACGGACGGCGAGCGCCUGGUCAAGUCGCCGCAGUGCACCAACCCGGGCCUUUGCGUCCAGCCGCACCACAUCGGGGUGUCCGUCAAAGAGCUGGACCUCUACCUGGCCUACUUCGUCCAUACGCCAGAAUCCGGACAAUCAGACAGCUCCAGUCAACAAGGGGACACCGACAUUAAACCACCGCCCAAUGGACACCUGAGUUUCCAAGACUGCUUUGUCACCUCAGGGGUUUGGAACGUGGCUGAGCUCGUCAGAGUGUCACAGACUCCUGUUGCUACGGCGUCAGGUCCGAACUUCUCAUUGGCUGACCUGGACAGCAGUCCCAGUUACUACAACAUCAACCAGGUGGCCGUGGGGCGACGCUCCCUCACUUCCCCUCCCUCCACCAGCUCCACCAAGAGGAAGUCGUUAGACGACAGUGAGAUGGAGAGCCCCACAGAUGAUGUUUUCUAUCCUGGACGCUCGCCAGCUGCCAGCUCAUCCCAGUCCAGCGCGUGGCCCAAUGACAUGGAUGCAGGACUGUCCUCGCCUGGUUCACUUAAGAAGCCGGGGAAGUUUGAUUUCAACGCCCUGUCUUCCCAGAGGUCCCCCCGCAUGGCGUUCACACACCACCCGCUGCCCGUGCUGGCAGGAGUGAGACCAGGGAGCCCCCGUGCCUCAGCUUCAGCCCUGCACUUCCCCUCCUCUUCAAUCAUCCAGCAAUCCAGCCCUUAUUUCACCCACCCAACCAUACGCUACCACCACCACCAGGACCCGCUAAAGGAGUUUGUGCAGUUUGUGUGCACUGACGGCACAGGACAGCCGAGCGCACAGCAUACUCCACGCCAGGCUCCACAGCUCCCAACCGGUUUGUCGGCAUCGGAACACGGGACAACUUUCUGA